UUUCUGCUCAGCCAUUUUGUCUCGAGUAGUUUCCUUGCCAAUGCAUUUGCUUGGACACCGGAAUAACGAUUAAGCCGACAACACGAAUGAUUUUGAAGGAAGCUCUGCUAUUGAGCACUUGACAGAAACAGUAGCUCGACGAAAGGACAGACAUCUUUCUGUAACGGACACCUCUGGUGGAGUAGUUUCAAUUGAUGUGUCCGUACCCGGCACGAGACAGAAACAGGUUGAAAAGGUGAACGUUAGCUAGCUAGCUAGUUGAGCUAGCAGGAAGGCUAGCCAGCCAGCUGGUUGGACCUUGGACGUGUUGUCCAGCUAGCCGUAGCCCGCCAGCAGAGAAUCACAGAGCGGCAAACAGCACAUUUCACCCGUAGGCAUCGGAAUGUGUUACCAAGACAGAUGUGGUGACGGAAAAAUUGGAAACAUUAUUUACUCCAUUAACCAAUGACCUAACAGUUUAGUCAGUCAUCGUAACAAGCCAAGGCGUAUUUCAAGAAAGAGCUCGGCCGCUUUCAUUUGACAAGCCAUCGUCUCAGUAGUCAAGGUGUCCAGCCACAUUCCACUUGGUUAAGGAGUGUUGGCUAGUCCGAUUUGCCAACCGUCAGAUUUUUGGGAGGCCAAGACUGGGACUUGUCACGGAUAUCUCAUCGGCAAUCUUUUGCAUAGCUUGCUAAUAACGUCACUUCAUUACCUGGAUAGCCGAUUGAGCUAGCUAGCUAGUGUUCAAUUGCUUAUAGGCUAUUAGAGCAACCUGUUCAGUUUAAAUAGCUUGUUUUCAUUGCCUGCAAAAUUAUUGGGAACGAUAGGCUAACUAGCCAAAGCAGUUUCACUUGCUAACGUUUGCUAGCUAUCUUCGCUGGUUUAACAUUAGCCUCUUUUUUGCUGUGCAGAGACCGACGGCAUUUUUGACGGAGACAGCUCACAAACUGCAAGCCAGCUAUUUUUACAUUUAGGUUUUGACGAAUGUCUACCUUUCAUGUGUUAAAAUUAACAUCUGCAUUUUUUCGGGGACAUAGCUAUGACCAUUUGUAACCGACCUAGUGUGUUUUCUCUUUUCAGUCAUAGGACUUGUUCUCGGUUCGAACGCUGCAGCGGUAUCAUUAGCUAACAGAAGCUAGACUGUAGUAAUUUUAUAACCUAGCUAGCUAGCCUACUCAAUUAAUGUUAAUCAGUCUGUUUGCCGAAGCUACCUGACUAGCUUUUCUCAUUCAGUUUGCGUCAUACUGUCAAAUAGGUUGAAAUCGCUUGUUAGCCAGAUAGCUACCCAGUUGCCUCAAUUUUCGACCUACGGAAUCAGCUGCAUUCAUCAACGUUAAGACAGUUUUGUAAUGAGCUGGCUGGUAAAUAUUGUGUUUGGGUGUUAAAUUAACGUUGGCUAGGUAAACACAAUUGGACUCAAUUUCUGACAUCCAGUGUUGAGGAGAUCUGUUUCACGCAUUGAAGGUUCUUGCUACAGCCUUGUCUAGCUGCUAUCUUGCGUAUUUCCUCAGUAAGCCGGUGUUGGUUGGCAAAUUCCACCUGCUUCUGUCUUUGCAGUCGUUUAAAGCAAAGACAUCGUUGUUUUUACCAGCGAAUUAUUGUAAGUUGACUCAACCUUAGUUGAUAAAAAUGUCUGGGCAGUCAAUAACGGACCGGAUUGCGGCGGCUCAACAUAGCAUGACUGGAUCAGCUAUUAGUAAAGCUGUCUGCAAGGCCACGACGCACGAAAUCAGCGGACCCAAAAAGAAACACCUGGACUACCUGAUCCACUGUACCAAUGAGAUGAACGUGAGCGUUCCUCAGCUGGCUGAUACACUGUUUGAGCGGACGGCCAACAGCAGCUGGGUGGUGGUGUUCAAAGCCCUCAUCACCACACACCACCUAAUGAUGUACGGCAAUGAGCGUUUCAUCCAGUAUCUGGCCUCCAGGAACACGCUGUUCAACCUCAACAACUUCCUAGACAAAGGAGCGUUGCAAGGUUAUGACAUGUCCACCUUCAUCAGGCGCUACAGCCGCUACCUGAAUGAGAAGGCCCUGUCCUACCGGCUAGUGGCUGUGGACUUCACCAAGAUGAAGAGAGGUAUCGAUGGAGUCAUGCGCACCAUGACCACGGAGAAGCUGAUCAAAACCCUGCCUAUCAUUCAGAACCAGCUGGACGCACUGCUCGACUUCCAGGCGAAUCCCAACGAGCUGACAAAUGGUGUGAUCAACGCCGCCUUCAUGCUGCUCUUCAAAGACUCCAUCCGCCUGUUUGCCGCCUACAACGAGGGAGUCAUCAACCUGCUGGAGAAAUAUUUUGACAUGAAGAAAAACCAGUGCAAAGACGCCCUGGACAUUUACAAGAAGUUCCUCUACAGAAUGACCAAGCUCUCUGAGUUCCUCAAAGUGGCUGAGCAAGUUGGGAUUGAUCAGGGAGACAUCCCAGAUCUGACUCAGGCUACUAAAGGACCAUAUCUUGCUCCCAGCAGCCUCCUGGAAGCUCUGGAGCAGCACCUGGCCUCUCUGGAGGGCAAGAAGACCAAGGACUUCUCCGCAGACACCAGGGCCAACACCCUGUCCAGCGCUGUGUCGUCCCUCUCCAACACAGGCAUGUCCUUCAGCCGCAUGGACGAGAAGGAGAAGCAGCAGGCCCUCGAGGAGGAGCAGGCCCGCAUCCAGGCACUCAAGGUGGGCCACAGGAACACUCACAGCCCUCCAGGACCUCCGGACCAGAGACUGAAGGAGAUCGGCAUGCAGACCCCCUCUGCCUCCCCCACCACACAGUCCUUGGGCAGCGCCCACAACCACAACUCCGGCAUGGACCCCUUCGCCAACGCUGCCAACACCCCCUCCACUAACAGCAUGCCAAACCUCACCAGCGACCUGUUUGACCUCCAGCCGGCCUUCAUCCCAGCUGUGCAGAGCACUCCGGCCAUCUCAACCGCUAACAGUGCCUGGGGAGGUGUGGAGAGCAGCUCCGCGAAUGCGUCCAUGAGUGUAGAUUUUGACGCUGUGUUCGGAACCAAAGCUGCCAAUAAUGAUGCCAAACCUGCAGCUGGUUAUGACACUAUAGGCGACCUGCUGAAGCCCCAGGUGACCGCUCACAGCCAGGCCCCGCCCAUGUCCCUGCACUCCGGGGGCAAGCUGCUCCCCAACGACCUGGACUCCUCCUUGGCCAACCUAGUAGGCAAUCUGCAGUUUGGAGGAGCACCAGCCAAGAAGUGUAUGUGUGUGUACGUGACCAGGCCUGACAUGCAGUGGAGCCAGCCCAUGGAGAAGAAGCUGACGGGCGGCAACAACUGGCAGUCCAAGACCAUGAGCAGCACCACUGCCUGGAACCCCGCGCCCAUGCCACCCCAACCCAUGCCCAUGCAACACGUGAAUGGAAUGUUCUAUACUGGUUAUGCUCCAGCACCAAUGGCAUUUCCCAUGACGACACCUCAAGUGCCUGUGUAUGGAAUGGUCCCCCAACACAUGGGACAGAUGAGCGGGGUGCCCGUGAUGGCCCCCCAGCCGAUGAUGUACAACCACCAGCCUGUCCUCAGACCCACCAACCCCUUCGCCCCCAUGCCCGGAGCCCAGCUGCCUGUCCUGAUGUCAGCUUCAAACCAGAGGAGCCAGAUCUGUAGUUGCAACCUCUGCUCUAUAGCCGCAAGACCGGUCCUUCACCUGAUGCAGUUCAUGUAGUAGCAGCGUGGGCGUCCGUGUGCCAAAAGUGACGGCAAACAUCACAGCACGAGCAAGAGAAUGAAAGAGAAGAGGAGAACCUAUCAACACCAAAUACCGGAGGAGAAGAGUCUAAGAUGGAGCCAAUGGAAAGGGAGAGCAAGAGAGAGAGAGAGAAAGACAAAAAGUUCCAAGGUGGGAGAUGGGAAGAAGUGUCUGUGUGUAUGUGUGUAGAAUAGUGUGUGUGUUUGUGUGUGUGUGCCUAUACAUGUGUGUCUUACCUGUGCACCAGUCUGAAACGGCUCUCCCAGAUCACACACACAUAAAACAGUACGCACAAUGUGUCAGGACUCUCAGUAUCGGUCAAAUGUCACGCGUUUCUUCUAAAAGGUCAAAGGUUAGGUAUGAAGGAUUACAGAAACGAGGGAAAUUCACACAGCACUGAGGUCAUUUAGAUCAGCGCAGAAGAACAUUUGGGCACUGAGCAGGUUUUGUAAAUAGAUAUUUUAGGCCAAACCUUAUCAGUGACUUGCUUUUGUUUUGUUUCUCUCCGUCUCUCUUAGUUUUUUUUUUUUUUUUUAUGCUUUUCAUAUCGUUUCAUCAUCUAUUUGCCCAGGAAGUUAGGUGUGUCUCCAUCUCGGUCUAGGUGUCUCAAGUUUCAGCUUUCUAAUGCAAUUCCCAGCUAAGCAAUGUUGCAAACUGAAGUUGUGCGACCCCAUUUCUCAAGAAACAAAACUCGCAAUGCUCGGCAUGCAGUUAUGCAAGGUCAUCUUUCUCUAGAAUGAUCUAUAGGUCAUCCAUCGCCACUCACCUUCAGCCCAAACCACCUUCAAUACAUGGUUUGACUUUAUUCCCUGAUGGUGAAGGCGUGUCUGAAAAGGCCAUCAGCCAUUUUCAACCAUAAGUCUCUUGUCCAUGCUUGAAGGCGUAACACGAUCCCGACUCUUUACUCAUCCUGUUCAUCGUAACGUACACUCUCUGUAUGUGUGUGUGUGUGUGUGUGUGUGUGCGAGCAGGAGAUGUUGGUCAAUAGGAGGUGCUGUUUCAGACUUGGUGAAGGUCAUACUCACACACACGCACACAUACACACGCAGUUACAGAUACACCAAAACAUGUGCGAGCGCACACACACUCACACACACACACACACAGCAGUUGGCUUAAAGACUGGAUGUAAAGUCUCUCAUGACCUACAUAAAGACCAUAUUUGCCCAUCUCCUUCCUCAA